AUGUUCGCCCUCUCCGCCUCCACCGUCAAGGUCUCCGCCGUCGCGGGCCUCUCCGCGACGCGCGUCGCCCGCAACGCGCGCCGCGCGACCGUCGUCCGCGCGGACGCGAGCACCCCGGAGGGCCCGUCCGAGGACAUCGCCAUGCCGAACGUGACCGUCUUCACCGAGGACCAGCUCAACGGCGAGCGGUGCGAGAUCCAGACCCCCGCGGCGCCCGCGGCGGCCGCGGCCGUCGAGGCCCCGGCCGCGUUCAAGGCGGCGAUCGACCCCGCGGACGGCUCCAUCGCGGAGGCUGCGCCGCUCGGCGACGACAUGUCCAUGUUCACGGACGCCAUGGUCGCGUUCAAGGAGCCGCGCGCCAUCGAGAUCAUCAACGGCCGCGCCGCGAUGAUCGGCUGGAUGGUCGCGCUCUCCGCGGAGAUCACGAACGACCAGUCCCUCGCGAGGCAGGUGUUCAACACGCGCACGUUCACGCUCGCGGACGGCGUGGUGGACACGGUCACCGGGCCCGCCGGCGGCGCGUUCCUCGUCCCCGUCGUCGUCCUCGCGACGCUCGCGGCGUCGCUCGCGCCGGUGCUCCGCGGGAACGAGGAGUCCGGCCUCGAGAAGGCGCCGAAGGACUUCUUCAUGUUCAAGGCGGAGUCGGAGAUGACGAACGGCCGCGGCGCGAUGAUCGGCCUCGUCGCGCUCCUCUUCGCGGAGAAGUUCACCAACGGCGCCGCGCUCUUCUGAGC